UUGAAUUCAUAGAUCUAAAUCAACCCAAAAUGUAUAAAUUCGUCGUUUGCUUAUUAACUUUGAGUUUUCUCUUGCUCUCUGGACUAUCAAACACAGCAUUGGCCCGAGUACAUCAUGAGUCUUCAAAUCCAAAAAUAGGAAACAGGGUUUGGGAUCAAAAGAUCUUCAACAAUGUGAAGGUUCGUGUACUUCCCAGUGCUUCAAGGCGUGGACCUGGGCAAACCGGUUAGAAAAUCAGUACUAAGGAACAAAAGGAGUAUUAAGUAGAAUAGUUACUUCAAAAUAUUAUCAAAAAAAUAUUUUAUUUUAUGAUAGAUAAAAGUCAUGUUUUGUAACCACUCAUAUGCUGUUUUUUUUUCAAAAGAUGUUCAAUUAUUGCAUUUGACAUUAUGGUUCAUAAAAUUUGAAGUGGUUACCGAAAAAAGUAAUGAAAAGGAGAACCCAAUGUUGAAGACUUCAAAAGUAGAAAUUUCAGACAGUAUUUUUGCACGACUAAAACAAAGUA